AUGGAGCGAAAGUAUCAGAGGGUCAAUUUGGGGGUUGGCGCGUUUCAUAAUCCUCCAAGAGCAAAAUACAGCGAGGAAACGAAAAAUCUUAUUAAGUUAUUAAUGGAGGAAUCCAAGCUAACAAUGUUGCAAAGGAAAACGAUCCAAGAGGCGAUAGAUAGGGGUGAGUCCUUGCCGCCUUCCAUCGACAGAACGAAAAAAGUGAAAGAUAAGGACGAAGAUUACCAAGUAAAAUUUCCUAGUGCUUGGAGGAGGCGUUCGCAGGAUACGAUUAUAAGCAGCGGUGCUUACGAGAGGGAGCAAUACAGAAGGACCGCGCCCUUACCAAACAAGGAGAAACAAAAACGUCACUUGGCAUGCAUGAUGGCUUACGGGAAAGACAUGCCAGAAACUCCUCACGGUCCUAAGAUUCUUCACAGGGCUAAACGUGAACCGAAAAUACCCGAGAACGUGGAUUUCCUGAAUGACUUGACACAAGGAAUCCGCGAGAGAAUGGAUUUCUUGCGCGAUAUGGAGAGUCUCGGGAUGGAGAAAAAAUAUCGACCCAUAAUACAACAAGAGAUAGCGCAGAAAAUACGGUUGAUCGAGUCGCUGGACAGCCAAACGUGCGACGAGCUGCGAAAAGAGAUUUGUGAACACAAAUAUGAAAGAUUGUCCCCAAAAUUGUUUCCGCUGACUGAGCCUGGAGAAAAUUGA